GGUGCUGUACUAUCUCAGUUCUGUGAAGAUAAGAAGUGGCACCCAGUGGCCUUUCAUAGUAGGAAGUUCCACCUAGCUGAGUUAAAUUAUGAUGUACAUGGUGAAGAAAUGACUGCCAUAGUAGCCGCUUUCAAGGACUAGGGACAUCUGUUUAGGUCGGUAGAGAGUCAAAUCUGGGUUUACACCGAUCACAAGAAUUUCAAGUACUUUAAUUGUACUAAGACCCUCAACCGCCAACAACAUCACUGGGCAGAAUUCCUCCAGUGGUUCAAUUUCAAGGUAGUUUACAGUAAAGAAAGGCUGAAAACAAAGGCAGAUGCACUGUCAAGGCAUGGAGACCACCGCCCUGAAGGUGGGAGUAAUUGUUUUUAAGAGACACUAAAUCCAUUUUUUCACACAGGACAAUGGAUUGUGGAUCAAGAGCGAGACCUCUAACGGCCGCACAUAUUGGUAGUCUGUUAUGGCUACCAGUUACAAUCAGCAUUUCUGCAUGCAUUAGGUAUUGCUGCAAAACAGGAUCCUGUCUAUAUGAAGGACUUAAAGCCUGCAUAAGCAGAAGCCUAAGGAGUCGACCGAAACUUGACAAUAGAAUGAGAUCUCCUCCUGUGUAAGAAUAGGUGGUAUAUUCCAAAUGGGCAGGAUGUGAAGGAUAAGAUGAUUGAGGCCGAGCAUGACUCCUGUAUUGCAGCACACUUUGGGACAUACAAGACAGUAGGCAGGGUUAGGGGUAAUUUCUUUUGGCCUAAGAUAGAUGAGAGUAUUACAGACUAUGUUGAUACAUGUGAUGUCUGUCAAUGGAACAAGUCCAUUAAACAUAAGAAGUUUGGCUUGUUAGACGCUGACGGAGUACCUUUGAGGCCAUAGACCGAUAUCUCAAUGGACUUCAUAGUAGCACUACCAGAAUCAGAAGGGUAUAUCAAAAUUUAGGUAAUCGUGGAUAGAUUUUCAAAGAUAAGACACUUUAUACAUUUAGCCUCCAAAAUUCCCAGAAACGAUUUGGCUGUGAUAUUCCUGAAGGAAGUUUGGUGGCUCAGUCGGCUUCCAGAAUCUGUUAUCUGCAACAAAGAUAGCAGAUUCACAUCCAAGUUUUGGACAAGGCUAAUGCAAUCAUUGCAAUUGAAAUCACGGUUAUCAACUGGGUUCCACCCGGAGCCUGAUGGGCAGAGUGAGCGGGUGCACCACACCUUGCAA